UGAGGGUUGAACGGCUACUCGUGGAGGACGACGCUCUUCUGAAUUUCUUGUUUUUUUCCACCGUUCGCUGACAUGAGCUGCUGCAGCCGCCGCCGCCGCCUCUCGAGUACCCUGGCUUGGACGGUGCUCCUGGCGGUUCUCGCCUCUUGCCUCAUUUCGCAGAGCAAAGCGGCUGUCGUGGAAGUUGGCUGUGAAAGACAUACGACCUGUAGUUCCUGCAUUACUAUUGAACCAUCUCAACUGAAUUGCACAUGGCUUCAAUGCAGUGGAGUUAAGUCUCAUUGCGCAAAUUACACAGUGACGCAUCCUGAUUGUACUGCUAUUCUUCCUGAAAAUGGGACGUGUUCAGAUUUGCCUCUCAGUAGUACCACAGCUAAUAUAUCUACUACAGUCACCACCCCUGCAGGUACAAUUAAAACAACUUCAUCUACAGAAAAACCUGUUCUGAAUACUACAAUAAUCACCAGUACUACUGUUAUUACUGCUAAAACAGAUACACCAUCUUCAACACCAACUGCCAAACCAUCACAUCACAAAGCAAGUUUUGAUGCUGCCAGUUUCAUUGGUGGUAUUGUCCUUGUACUGGGUCUGCAAGCAGUAAUCUUCUUUCUGUAUAAAUUUUGCAAAUCCAAAGAUCAAAACUAUCAUACUCUCUAGGAAAUGUUGCAUUUUAAGUGGACUUAGAAUAGCUCAAUAUUUAUGGUUAACUACACCAAAAGAUGCUUAUUCUUUAUGGAAUACAGCAAUUCAAGAUACUAUUUUUCAAGACUUAAAAUAGUUCAGCAACAUGCUUAGAAGAAGGUUAUGUGAAUCAUGUCUUGCUCAACAGAAAUACUUGCAAUAUUCUGCAUGAACUCUUAUUUGCUGUUUUAAAUUUCUUUAAUAGCUGCUACUAUAGAAUCUAUUCUUUUAUUUGAUAUGCCAAAUGUAGCUGUUGUUAAUUGUAUUUAGUGGCAGCAAUGUUUUUAAUAGAUACUUUUUUGGUUACAGUGAUUUAAUUAGUUUUAGAUAAAAUAUCUCCCAUGCAUCAUUAUUAAAAACAGAUUACUGUUAACUUGAUAUAAAAUAUUAUCUGUGUGAAAGCUAUGGCUUUUUAUCUUGUUCAGCUUGGAAAUUGGGAGACAUUUGUAGAAUGUUAUCUUUUUUCUUAAGAAAUAUGAAUGCCCAUAUUUUUCCAUAUUAUACAAUGUUAGAAGGAUGAUUGUUUUCUAAUUGAAGUGUAAGCAUCCAUAGGAAGAAUGUUGAUCAAAAGAUACAAAUUGCUUGAUGCAUAAGGAAGAAGGACCAGUGCCUUAAUUAGUAGACUGCAAAUUGAAGCAUUGUGCCAUCUUAUUUUUUGAGGCUCAGUGAAGAAUGCAAUUCCAUCUGCAGCAAGUUUUCUCCAGUAGACAUAUGAACCUCAGCAUUAUAUGCUAACAUCACUGCUUUCAUAUAUGUUAAUAUAAGUAUUAGAUUUAGAUUUUUGUGGAAUUGAGGAAUUAGAUCCACUGAGGAAAAAAGAUUGAGUAAGCUACAUAUGAUGAAUUUAUCCAACUGAUUUUGGUGGGUCUAUUAAAUAUGGCAAAGUACGGAUUCAAUCUACUGUAUCCAGACUUUGUUUACUGUUUCUAAAGCCAUUUGUCUGUAGCCUUCAAAUUACCUGCCUUAGAAAAUGCUAUGCUUUUCAUAUGAGGAUAGUAAUUUUAGCAAACAGUUUGUGCUUACCACAUUACGGAUAUUUUAAAGGUACUGUAGUCCUGCAUGGAUUUGGGAAUAUUUUAUCCCCACAUAGCAAUAUUCUACCUGUAGGUUUCAUAACACGAUAACAAUUGUGAUGGAAACGAAGUCAAUUGAACACUUGAACUAAGUUAUCUUAGUUUUGAUCAUUCUCUUAAUAGUUUGCUAGUGUUUGUCUUGCAAGUCAUGUGAUAAAUACAGCUGAAAUAAUCAAACCUCAAUUUAUAGGCUUAAGUGCUGCUACUGGAUGAGCUCCAGUGAAAGAGGAAGUACAGUGCUAGGUAUUAUGCUGGUGACAAAAUUGACAAAAAUUAUUGUAAAAAUGUUAAUAUCAUUCUAAUUUCCCUAAACCUUCUAGCUUCAGUAAUGUUUACUUCAAUAAUAUUAGCUAGAAAGUCUAUUCAUAAUAUAUAUAUCUAGUGGAGAGUACUGUUAACUUUAAAGAAUUUUCAGAUAUCUGCACUCUUAAAAGACAAUAGCUCAGGUGAAUAAAACAGUGAACUGACCACUCCAUUCUUAGCAGAUAUAUCUGAAAUGGGUGGUAUUUGUUUAAUGGCCUUAUGGUAGUCAUUUAAUCCAGUUUCCCAUGUCUUCAUAAAUUUAGGCUAAGAAGCUGAAAAGAUUGUAAAAUUUAAAUAUACAUUAAUGCAUUUCUAAAGAGUGAUAAUUGUUUAAAACUCUCAACAUUUGAUAAACCUGUUUUUCAUAGACUUUAAAAAGCUGUUUACGUUUUGCUUCCUUGCUUAUUCUUGAAUGGCUGUUAAUAUUUAUCUUGUAAAUUUAUAGAAAAAAGUUUCAAAACUGACAGUGCUGUAUGCACUUCCAACAUUGAAAUGUGAGCUGAUUUUGUUACUGAGCCAAGAAUAACUGUUGAAAACAUUAAAAUUAUGUAUUCCUAAA